AAUUGUUUGGUGGUUUGGUUGUUUGGUUGUUCCUCGAGAGAAUCCUCGUACGGGCGAACCAUCGUCCCCGAGGUUUGUGUCUUGUGAAAGAUGGAGGAAUAUUUGCUUCAUGGGACUCUUGACGUAAAGAUAUAUAGGAUCGAUAGAUUGCAGCAUCGUUUUGGAUUCAAUUUAUGUGGCAAGGGGAACGAACCAUUGGGAAAGAAAAUUCAAUCUCAAUUCAAGAGACUAACACUCUCGUGCACGGACUGUCUCGGAGGAGGAGAGCUCUAUGCGACGGUGGAUUUAGACAGGUCGAGAGUGGCUCGAACCAGGACACGACGUCAGCCCAGAUGGUCCGAGUCAUUCCUCGUCUACACGGCUCAUAACGUCUCUAGAAUCGUCUUCACCCUCAAACAGAGUGAACCCAUCAGUGCCACCCUCAUCGGCCGUGCCUAUUUGCCCGUCCGAGAAGUCAUCACUGGCCGCACCUUUGACCAGUGGCUCGACAUCUUGGAUGAGAACAAGGCUCCAAUCCAAGGAGGUUCUAAGAUUCAUGUAAGAGUGAAGUUCAUACCCUUAACACGAGACCCGGGCUGGAACAAAGGAAUAAGUGUUCCCGAGUUCAGAGGAGUUUCCAACGCAUUCUUCAACCAGAGAGAAGGUUGCAGAGUCACACUCUAUCAGGACGCUCACGUCCUCGGAGAUUUCCCAGAGAUCACUCUCGCCGGAGGACAAGUAAUCUACAAGCACCACAGAUGUUGGGAAGAGAUAUUCGAUGUGAUAUCGAACGCUAAGUACCUUAUAUACAUCACUGGUUGGUCGGUUUAUACCAAGAUAACAUUGAUCAGAGAUCCUAACCGGCCAAAACCCGGAGGAAACCUUACAUUAGGUGAGCUGCUGAGGAAGAAGGCAGAAGAGGGGGUUGCUGUUCUGAUGCUUGUCUGGGAUGACAGAACAUCGGUAGAAGUGUUUAAACGAGACGGUCUGAUGCAGACCCAUGAUCAAGAAACGUACGAGUACUUCAGGAACACGAAAGUCCGUUGUGUCCUCUGCCCGCGAAACCCUGACAGAGGUAAGACUGUAGUUCAAGGUUUCCAGGUCGGUACGAUGUUCACUCACCAUCAGAAGACUGUUGUCGUGGAUGGGGAAGUGGAGGGCUUUCGUAAAAGGAGGAUAGUGAGCUUUCUUGGAGGGAUUGAUCUGUGUGAUGGAAGGUAUGACACCGAAGAACAUCCUCUCUUCAGUACUUUAAACUCGGUCCAUGCAAACGAUUUCCAUCAACCAAACUUUGACGGUGCCUCCAUCAAGAAAGGCGGUCCACGAGAGCCAUGGCACGAUAUUCACUGCAAGCUGGAGGGGCCUCCCGCCUGGGAUGUUCUGUACAAUUUUGAGCAGAGAUGGAUGAAACAAGGGAGCAGCAACAGGAGGUACCUAAUUCCGAUGCCUCAGCUUUCAGAGAUCAUGAUUCCGCCGCUACCUAUCGCGCCAGAAGAUGAUCCCGAGGGAUGGACAGUUCAAAUCUUUCGGUCAAUAGAUGGAGGAGCUGUUGAAGGGUUCCCGGAUGAUCCACAGGAGGCUGCAAGUGUGGGACUUGUCAGCGGCAAAGAUAAUGUGAUUGACAAAAGCAUUCAGGAUGCUUACAUAAGCGCCAUAAGAAGAGCCCAGCAUUUCAUCUACAUCGAGAACCAAUAUUUUCUAGGGAGCUCAUUCGGAUGGAGCUCUAAAGACAUCGCAGUGGAGGAGAUCAAUGCCUUGCAUCUGAUACCGAAAGAGAUUUCCCUGAAGAUCGUGAGCAAAAUCGAGGCAGGUGAGAGGUUCUCGGUAUAUAUUGUGAUUCCAUUAUGGCCUGAAGGAAAACCAGGGUCUGCAUCAGUUCAAGCAAUACUAGAUUGGCAAAGAAGAACAAUGGAGAUGAUGUAUACAGAUGUUGUCAAUGCACUUCGGAAGAAAGGAUUAGAUGCAAAUCCUAGAGACUAUUUAUCUUUCUUCUGCCUUGCAAAUCGAGAAGUUAAAAAGGCGGGAGAGUAUGUACCUCCGGAGAAACCAGAACCCAAUUCUGAUUAUGCGAGAGCUCAGGAAUCUCGGCGAUUCAUGAUCUAUGUCCACUCCAAAAUGAUGAUUGUUGACGAUGAGUACAUAAUAAUAGGAUCCGCUAACAUCAACCAAAGGUCUAUGGACGGAGGUAGAGAUUCAGAGAUCGCAAUGGGGGCAUUCCAACCUCACCAUCUGCUGUCAACCAACCAAAUGAGGCCUACGGGCCAAAUAUUCAGCUUCAGGAUAUCUCUAUGGCUUGAACAUCUAAGGAUCACCAAGAAUGCCUUUCAAUAUCCUGAAAGUGAGGAAUGCAUUAGAAUGGUAAAUGCCAAGGCUGACGAACUCUGGGGACUAUACUCAGCUGAAGAGUACCCUCUUGAUCGUGAUCUACCGGGUCACUUGCUUAGUUAUCCGAUUACCAUUGGAGAUAAUGGAGAAGUAACAAUUCUUCCUGGGACUGAGUUCUUCCCUGAUACUAAGGCAAAGGUUCUAGGCUCAAGAUCCAGCUACCUCCCCCCGAUUCUCACUACUUAGUUUCUUGAACCAAAAAAGAGAACGUAAGUACGUUUGUCCACAUAUGUACUUAUCGGUCAUCAGUCUACAUACGUGCAUAUACAUGUGUACAGAUACAAAGACGAAAAUUAAACUACAUCAACUUAAGGGAGUACUGGGAAAAUUAUAUCGAUUGCUUUGUAAACAAUAAUGCUGGAGAUUUACCUAUUGAUGACCUUUGCAACA